AUGGAAUUGGAAUUGGAUUCCAAUUUUCGACUUGAACUUGCUGAUCACACACCUCACUACACUACAAUGGGCAAGACAGACAAGGCAGAGAAGAAGUCCAAGAAAGAGAAGCCCACUGCGGUGGAUGCUGUAGACGAAGAGGGUGAUGUAUCUAUGGCUGUAAAUGAGGCUGCAGCAGUUGAAGUUGUCAAGGAGAAGAAAUCAAAGAAAGAAAAGGAUGAGAAGGAAACUAUUGUCGUGCCCGUGGAAGAGCUUUCGCCGAUUGCCCACCCAUUAGCAGGCAAGAAGCUUGUUAAGAAACUCCACAAAACCGUCAAGAAAGCGUCAAAGGGCAGGCAAGUGAAGCGAGGCGUCAAAGAGGUCGUCAAGAGCAUAAGAAAGGGGGAGAAGGGGCUAUUAAUUCUCGCAGCAGAUAUCACACCAAUCGAUAUCAUUUCGCACUUGCCCGUAAUGGCUGAGGACGCCUCAAUUCCUUACAUCUUUGUGGCCUCGAAGGAGGAGCUUGGGCAAGCAAGUUCCACAAAACGACCAACCAGCUGUGUGCUAGUAUGUCCUGAUGCGAAGAAGAAGAAGAAAAAGGUCGAAGGGCAGGAGGGAAUGGUUGAGAGCAAGGAUGACGAUUACAGGGAGCUGUACGACGAGGUAUUCGCAGAAGUCAAGGUGCUCGAUGAGCAAGUCGUCUACUAG